UCUCUCUAUACAUAUAUAUUGUGGUAUGCAACACUUCUUGUGACUCACAAAGUGUGGCUAUUUAAUAAUUGCAAAUGGCAGAAGAAGAUAAUCAACAAAACACAUCACCCGUGGAACCCCAACAAACUCCUCUCCCAACUAUGAAAACAAGUUGGCCCGAACUCGUGGGAAUGAAAGCGGAAGAUGCGGAAAAGAAGAUAAAGGAGGAGAUGGCAAGGGCAAAGGUUCACAUAAUUCCUCAAGAUAGUUUUGUUACCAUGGAUUUUGUCUCAAGUCGAGUUAGGCUCUUCGUUGACUCGUCUCAAAAUGUUGUCAGGCCACCAAGAAUAGGCUAGAAGAUCUCAUGUCAAUUAUGAAUGCAAUAUAUAUCCUAUGAGUAAUUCUAUAUUUACAUAUAUACAUAAAUGUCA